AUGGGAAUGUGGGACGGUCAUGCAUUGUGCUGGGUUUUUUCCUGGAACAGAGUUUUGAGAGGCAGGAAUACUGGACUUCUUGCUAAAAUGUACGCUAUUCUGUCAAGGGUGCAAUUGGAGAAAGAAACAGAGGAUAGGCUUGUCUGGAAAGCAAAUAACACAAGAAGAUUCUUGGUUAAAUCUCUCUAUGGGCUUUUAAAUCUCAGUCCUCCAUUGAACACUGUCUUCUUCUUUAGGGGGAUUUGGAGAGGUCUCGUCCCCCCUAAAGUGGAGGUUUUUUGCUGGAUGACUAUCAUCAACAAAAUCAACACCCGUAGCAUGUUAGUUAAAAGAGGCAUCUUGGAUACCUCAGCUGCAAACUGUCCUAUUUGCCUAGUCGAGGAAGAAAUGGUCGACCACCUUUUUAUCCAUUGCUACAAGCACUGGCUCAUUUGGUCCAAAAUCAUCAACUGGUGUGGCUUAGCUUGGUGUUGUCCAAGGAACUUGCCAAAUCUCUUCUCUCAGUGGGACUCUUUGGUUUAUGGAAAAUUUCAGAAAAAAGCAUGGGUGAUGUUGUUCUUCUCUGUGGCAUGGUCUAUGUGGCUUCUCCGCAAUGAUGUGAUAUUUAAGCAGAAGAUCCCAAACUAUGAUACUCUGUUCUUCCUUAUUGUUACUCGACUUUGCUUAUGGUUAAAGGCUAUAGAACCAGAUUUUCCCUACUCCUCUUCAGAUUUGCUAAGAUCCGCCGAAGGUCUGAUUCGAUGGACUAAUUCUCAAACUUUGAGGACUGGUGUUAUGCAGUCUCCCCCUAUGACUAAUAGAUUCAAAUGA